AUGUGGAAAUCUAACCUGAAUACGAUUCUGGUUAUUGAUGAUCUGCGGUUUGUCUUGANGUGGAAAUCUAACCUGAAUACGAUUCUGGUUAUUGAUGAUCUGCGGUUUGUCUUGACGGAGGAAUGUCCUCCAGUCCCCGCUCGAAAUUCAUCUCAAGCGUUGAAGGAUGCUUAUGACCGUUGGACAAAGGCCAAUGGUAAGGCUCGAGUCUACAUCUUGACAAGUCUGUCCGACGUUCUUACCAAGAAGCAUGAGGCCAUGAUGACUGCAUAUCAGAUCAUGGAGUCACUCCAAGAGAUGUUUGGACAACCGUCUGCUAAGAUUUGGCCCGAAACCCUCAAGUAUAUUUACUAUGUGUGCAUGAAAGAGAGCCAAUCAGUGAGAGAACAUGUUCUCGACCUGAUGGUCCACUUUAAUGUCGCCAAAAUGAACAAUGCGGUCAUAGACGAGUAG